AUGCUGCUGCCGUCUUCCUCCCCCCCGUGCUUCCGCGCCCCUCAGGCCGCCCAGGCUCUAGCACCAACACGAGCCCUACAACCGUCUCCCCUCUUUCCCCCUCCCGCCGUCCCCGCGCCGCCCCAGCCAAUCCCAGCCUACGCUUGCCUUCGGCCUGCCCCCACUGCGGCCGCCAGGUGUCAGCGCGCCGCCGCCCCGCCCCUUCGCGAGCGCGCAGACGCGGGGGGGCGGGGCCCUGGAGGCGCCCGGGCGGGAGCUCGCUGGGUGUGA